AUGGAGCAGGAACCGGGAGCGUUUUUACAGGAGAUGAGAAGGAGAAUGGAGGCAAUGCAGGCGGAGAUUGAAAUGCUGAGAGCCGAGUGUGAUGCGGCUAGAGGGGCGCAAGCUAAUCGCCAAUCCUCCGCGCGCGCUCAUACAAGGCCAAUUGUAGAGAUGCCGGAAACCGAGCCGGACUCAGAGGAGGACACAGAUCCCAAUCCUGAUAGCUAUUAUCAGGGGGAACAAAGUGAGUCCGGCUCGCAUCGAACUGCAAACCGUCCGGCCCCGGCCGGUCGGGCUCGAGCAUUGCAUCCGUUCACAGCAGUGAUCAUGGAGGAGCAGAUUCCGGAUAGAGCAUUCCCAGCCUUGGAGAAGUAUGAUGGCUCGGGGGAUCCAGAGGAGCAUUUGAGGUCUUUUGUUGAUGCGAUGACCAUUUACUCCCCCAGGGAAAAUGUGUGGUGCAGAAUUUUUUCUUUGUCAAUAAAAGGAGAAGCUUUGGCCUGGUUCCACUCGUUAAGACCCCGAACCAUUAAUAGUUUUGCCACCUUGAGGGAUAUGUUUGAACGGCAGUUUUCGGUAGGUAAAGCGCGAAAUCUGACGUAUCUAGAGUUGACUAAUAUAAAGCAGGAGAAGGGAGAGAGUCUUAGGGAUUUCAUGGACAGGUUCAACAGAACCGCUUGGCAAGUAAGGGGGGUAGGCAAGAAGUUUACCAUCAGUACUUUGGCUACUGCGUUGAGACCUUCCCCGUUUGCUGAUAACUUGUUCGUGGAACCCCCAUUAAACCUGGACAAGUUGCAAGAGAGGGCCGCUCGGUUCAUUCGAAUAGAAGAAAUGAGGGCGGUCCAGAGACGACAACAAGAUCAAGGUACGAGUUUGGGGCAGGAGAAAAAAGAAGGCAAGAAACCGUUCGUUCCAAGCGAACGGCCAAAGGGCCAGAAGUUUAGAGAUGGCCCGAGGGGGAGUAGGUACGAACGGUACACCCCAUUGAAUGUGCCAAGGGCAAGGGUGCUGGAGGAAGCCCUGAGUGCAGAUUUAUUAAAGGUAAGACCUUCCCGAUCAUCACCUAAAGCAGAUGGAACUAAGCAUUGUACCUAUCAUUUGAACAUAGGACAUAACACCGAGGACUGCACGGUGUUGAAGGAUAAGGUGGAAGAAUUGAUCCGGGCGGGUCAUCUGAAGAGGUUUGUCAGGGAGGAACGAAAGACAAGAAGUCCACCCAGAAGGACUAGGGUGGAAAGAAGUGACAGGAGAGAGGACAGGCAUCCCGACCGCAGGAGGAGUAGAAGUCGCAGUCAUGACCGAUCACUGCAAGGAACGAUAAACACCAUUUCGGGUGGAUUUGCGGGAGGGUCGUCGGCGUCCGCAAGGAAGAGAAACCUGAGGGAGCUUAAAAGCGUCCACAGAGUAGAUGUGAGAAAGCGUUCUAUGCCGCCCAUCACGUUUACAGAUGAGGAUUUCCACGCUCCCGAUCCAGAUGAGGAUGACCCGAUGGUGAUAACGGCAGUUAUUGCCCGGUAUAGUGUGGGAAAGGUGUUGGUGGACUAG